ACGGACUACUUCCUCUAGCAUGGCGCAUUGCUGGAGGAAGUGACAUGUGUUCAGGCAGCGCGCCGGCUGCCCGAGCUUUGCACCAGGGGUCCUUCGAGCUACCCGCUUGUUAGCUAGUUAGCUAGCCAGCAUGCUACGUGCGCAGUCAGCGGCUGAAGGAACACGAGCCCGAAACAUGAAACAUGUCAGCCUCCAGGGAUGACCUGACACAGCGACCUCCGACCUCUCCUCCGUCACCCCAGUGACCCUCCCACAUUCCACCGUCCGCUAAGAUCGGUCUCCUCCUCCUGCAGAGACCCCCGACCCCCCCCGCGGACCCUCAGAGUCCGCCUGCCCCGCCGACAGGCGCCAUGUAUUGCCUCCAGUGGCUGCUCCCCGUGCUGCUCAUCCCCAAACCGCUGAACCCGGCGCUGUGGUUCAACCACUCCAUGUUCAUGGGCUUCUACCUGCUCAGCUUCCUGCUGGAGAGGAAGCCCUGCACCAUCUGCGCCCUGGUCCUUCCUCGCGGCACUUUCCUCAUCUGCUACAGCUGCUGGGGCAACUGCUUCCUGUACCACUGCCAGGACGCCGCGCUCCCGGAUGCCGCCCCAGACCCGGCCAUCGUUGGGACCUAGGGGCUAAAAUAUGAGGGCG